ACGCGUGGCGUUACCAGACUUUGCUAAACAAUCACACAGAACGAAACUAGUGCCACUCACAACAAAACGCCGAUCGCGAAACGACGCUCUCCAGCCAUUCACACAGAAGCCGCGGCGUCGUAUUUUAAAAGCAACCAACACUAAGAGCACAAAAACAUGAAUAAAACAAAUCGCAGGAGUUCCCUGCGGAAGGCGCCGAACAAUGAGGAGGACACUACCACGACUGCGAUUCGGAUCAAGCGCCGCAUCAGCUUCAGUGGAAAAAAGUCCGUGAGGGAAUUUGUAAACACAGAGGAGCCCAAGAACUGGAAUCACUCGUAUGAAGUAUCCGAUCACCUCAGCGCUGAGGACAACUCUGGAUCGGGAUCGGGAACAGGAGCAGGUUCACAAGCGUUAAAUGGUGAGGACAAGGAAAACAUCUCUUUGCCGGCGACCAGCGUCUGCGAACGCACCCACAUAGACAUUACGUUGAAUCUGCAGACCAGCGUGGAUGUGACCCUUUUGCCCUGCGAAUUGUCAAGGAAAAAGCACAAGCCCCUAGGCGCAGUCCGGGACUCGCUGGUUCUUUCGCAGGAGGAGCGGCAGGGGCUGCAGGACACCCUCUACGAUCACCGGAUUAUGGACAAGACCCUCGAUGUGAUGUCUGGGUCUUUGGUGGCCAGGCUGCAAAAGUCAGUCCUCCACAAUACGAAUGGCGGAGAUCUGCCACCCAUCAGCCAACGAGAGAGCAGCAUACAUACCACAGCUAAUUGUAUAAGUGAUUCCUUUAUGGACAUCACACCACUUGCUCCUACUCCCAUUGAUUCUGUUCCCACUGCUCCUGCUUCCCAGCAUCCCAUACAACAGAGUAAUAUGCAGCUGGAAACCGAGGACAUUGGGCUGGAAAUGUUUAAUGACCAUCACAAUAUGAUGGCCAACGAAAAGGAGAACAUAUGCCCGGCACAGAAAUCACUUUUCAUGGAGCUGGAGGAGGAGGAGGCGGUAAAGAAGGUCAAGAACAAGACUCAACAUGAAAACGUGGAUAUAUCCUUUGAUUGUUCUUUAAAUGAAUUAACCAGCUUACUUUAUAUUGGAAAUAAUGUUCCUAUAAAGGCUAAAACUGUUAAUUGUUUCGCCGGAAAGGACCCCUUACCCCCGUGCAAUAUAUCCUUUGAGAGCGCCAGCAGCGGCAACAGCACCAUCAACUUUAAGGACGAAUCCGUGUUAGUGCCUCUCGACAUGAUAUCGGGUAAGCGCAUCAGCAAAAAGAUCAACUUGCGUCAACUUAACGAUGAACUGGAGGCGGGCAAGAUUCAGCUCUUUCCAAAUGGCCCCAAGACACCCACGACGGAUCGCAAGGCCAAGAUGAAACGUUACUGGCAUGGCCUGGGCCUGGAGGGAAUGGAGACGGAGGAGGAGUGUCCGACGCGGGACAUUAAGAGCAGCAUCAAGCCACGAGCAAUGCUGAAUUUUAGUGAAAGCAUGGCCAUGUCUCCGCCUCCAAUAGCUCCCCCUACAAAGGAAAUCAGGAAUAAAGCAAAAGAUAAAGUGAAGGAUAAGGAGGACAAGAAUAAAUAUCGUCUAUCACAAGCGGAUGAGAUAAUGCUAAAUAACACAAACUUCUUGGCUCACGCCAGAUUAGGGGAUGAAACGCAGUCGAGAAAUACUUCCAAGAACUCUACGAGACGAGAGACCACCUACGACUAUUCUGAGUUGGAUUUGGAGCGUCCAGUAAGCAGGCAGGACUUUCAUCAUCCCAUGCCCAGCUUUAGAGCUCGGCAGAGUAUUCAUCAUCCUGAAGAUAUGGAUGCGGAUCAGUCAGUAUCAUUCUCUGUGAUUCCUGCCGUAAAAACCACUGACUCUGAAAUGGAUGCGGAUCAAUUAGGAUCAUUUGCUGCAAUUCCUGCUGUGAAAACCACAACUCGUCCUCCGACUCGACGCACUAUUCUUAAACCUGUAGAAAUGGAUGUUGAUCAGUCCUUAAUAUCAUUGUCUACGAUUCCUGCCGUAAACAAAGAAGCUCCUACUCUGCCUGAUGGAAUGGAUGCUGAUCAAUCAGUAUCUUUCUCUGCAGUUUCUGCUGUGAAAUCCACAGCUCGUCCCCCGCCUCGACGCACUAUACAUCAACCUGUAGAAAUGGAAGCGGAUCAGUCAUUAAUAACAAUUCCUGUCGUGAAAACCAUGGCUCCUCCUCCGCCUCGACGCACUAUUCAUCAACCUGUAGAAAUUGAGGCUGAUCAGUCAUUAUUAUUAUUGUCUACGCUUCCUGCCGGGGAAACCACAGCUCCUCCGCCUCGACGUACUAUUCAUCAUCUCGUGGAAAUGGAGGCGGAUAAGUCAGUGUCAUUCUCUGCAAUUCCUGCCGUGAAAACGGUUCCUACAGUCACGGAUUUGCGGCAAGCGAAAGAGGACAGGGAGGAAGCCACGGCUCCAGCUUAUGCCCGCAUAAAAACUAAUCGUCGAGAGACUCUCCUAAUGCAGGUGAGCAUGGAAGAAGAGAUCACCGUACCGUACACGGAACUAGACUCUGCUUCCUUGCAAAAGAAUAAUUCCAAACCGAGGCACACACUUCAUCUAGCAGAGGACCUGGAAAAUGAAAAUUUAGUAAACCCAGGCCAGGAGAUACGUUUGAAAAUCUCAACGCCGCCGGAGAAUCCAUUAAAAUCAAGACAAAAUGUUGUGCUAGACGAACCCAUCGAAGAGGAUCUUGACUUUAGCAUUAAAGAUCCAACAGAUGACCUGCAAAUGGCUACUAAAUCAAGGCAAACACUUGACAUGGAAGAGGAGGAGAGGCACCCAAAUACCAAAGAGCCAUUAAGUCAAUAUCCCUCGCACAAAUCCAGAAAAACGAGCAUCUUGUCGGAAGCCAUAGAAGAGGAUAACAGCAUUCUACAACCAAGAGAUCAAUCACUUUUAAAGUACAAAGCCUUGGAGGCAACUCAUCGUCCAAGGACAAGACAAACUCUUUUAAUGAAUGAACCCUUGGAGGAAGAUCAGCCUGCUGUUUUUAAGUCGCACAUUCCAAUUCGAGAGCCAUCACGUUUAAAGGCUAGAAAUACUAUUCUUGCGGCAGAGCCGAUCCUUGAGGAUUUGGGUUGCAAUUCAGCAGAGAAACAACCAACAUCCGAAUCGAUUAGCAAGGAAAUCCACUUGGGUAAGGCUGAAGAAAUGGAGCAGGAUAUGGAUUUGGAAAGUCCAGCCAGCAGCAGGCAUAUAGAAACCGACGUCCGCGCUGAUUCUUAUCAACUCUCAAAACCUAGAAAAACUAUCAUAAAACCGGAACCCAUAGAGGAGGAUGAUAUAGUUCCACAUUCAAGGAAACAAUCGGUGCCAAAGCUUCACCCCUAUUCAGAGGAACCCAUUGAAGAGGAGGUGCUAUCGAAUAUUCAAGACUCAGCAAAUCCAUACCAGUUAUCUAAGCCUAGAAAAACCAUCAUAAAAUCAGAACCCAUUGAAGAGGAACCUUCACUUUUAAAUUACAAUGCCACCGACUCGUCCUCGGUUCCAUAUCGACAGCAAAAGUCAAGACAAACUCUUUUAAAAGCUGAGCCAAUUGAGGAAGAUCUGGAAAUUGCAUUUAAACCAAACCAUAUACCCUCCCAAGAGGAGGAACCACGUCCCAGCUCUAGAAAUACCAUUCUAGUGGCUGAGCAGAUUUUUGAGGAUUUAAGUCUUAAAUCAAGAAAUAAACCUGUAUCGUUGGACUAUCAAAGUCCGCAGGAGACGAUGCCGAAGCCAGAUAUCAAGGUAAUCACUCCAAUGCACCAUCCCAGAUUGACAUCAAUAUACAGAGAUUUGGGUAACUUUACGCCCGGUAUGUCGCUGACCGAGUUCGAGGAUCAGGAGGAGAUGUGCAAGACACCACUGCCCAAGCCAAAGCUAAGACAACGCUCCAUUUACCACCCUGCAAAGAUGGACACCUCUGCAUUUGGGACACCGGUAAGCCAGGCAAAUCACAAGCGCCUCCCUAAACAUUUCACACCCAAUCUGCCAGAGUCGAAAAAGCGACACACCCAGCUCUUUGCCAAUUGCCAAAUGGAAAUGGACAUGGAAAUGGAGGUCGAUAUGGAGGAUGGUGCCUGUGAAGGAAAAAAAUCCUUCAGGAUCGACCACUUCGAUGAGACGGUGCAGCCAGUGAGGGACUAUCACGCUGCACUGACUCAGCUGGGGCAAGUGAGCUCCCUAGAUGAUGUCCUGCAGUUGCCGCAGCCAUCAGAACUGGAGGAGAAACCAAUCACCAUUUCGGAUGUGAGCACCUACUUCCUGAAAGAGGCACAGGAGGAGCAGCGCAAGUCUUGUAACAGAGAAAGUGCCUCCUCCGCCGAUCGGACCUUCAAAAGCUAUGCCGUUGCCCACACCAAGUUUAUUAAUCUCUCUGGCGACACCACGAUUUUUGCCGGCGCAAUAGAUGUGGAUGUGGAUGAUGCGGAGGAGGAGGAAGCGGAGCAGGAAGAGAUGCAGCCACAAAACCAGAUAGACAACGAGCAAAUAAGCCUGGUUUCCACGCUGGCCGAGGAAACCGUCGAAAACGAAGAGGUCGAGGAGCCAUAUCACAAACCUGAGCUCUGCCAGGCCCAAAUAACUCCCCUUGUUAUUGCUGGGAGCAGUGCCUCCUGCAGAAAGUGCGGCAACUGCAAUCGUUCCUUGAGUGAAACAAGGCGAAGCACCGAUUCCUUUGUGCUGCCCCAAAUAAAUCUCUUCGACUUCACCAAAGAUCGUCAGCGACUGCACCGGCAGCGGCUGAAGCCCAGUUUUGAAGAGAUGCAGAAGCACUGGCAGAUGAAGAGUCAGGAAGUCGAAAUGAACGAGUCCUUGGACGAGACGAGAGUAGAGGAGAGGCUAUUCCAUUGGGACAAAACAAAGCUAAUGCAAAAGCUCAAGAGACCAAAAUUAAGAAGAAAUCAUGACAAAGCCCCUGCCAAGUCGAGAGAAUCCUUCUUCGAUCGCCUGGACCGCUUGCUGGCCGACCAGCAGCCCAACUGGAUCUUCGACUACCAGCUUAAGGUAUCCCGGCAAUUGAUAUUCUACCACCGCCUGCUGACCACAUUUCGGAUUGUGGUUAACUACAAGAUGCUGGACGAGCAGGACGAGUCAGCCAUACGUGUGUGCUCCAUUGCUGAGGAACAGGCGGUGACUGGCACCCCCCUUGAGCGAUGGACAACGUUUGAGCACUACCUUAACUUUCAGCUCAGUCUCAAGAUGCCACCGAAUCUCACCGAUGCGCUCGGGGGCAGUGACGAGGAGUCUUUCCGAAAGUUUCUGCAACGCAUCGAUCAGAUUGUUGUGGGGAUCAAGCGGACGUUUCACAACCUGCUGACAGUACUCACGGCAACGAAUUCAAGGCUUUUGAGACAAUCAAAUCGCAUCUUUGUGCGAAAGACCGUAGUUAAAUGCAUCGAGGACGAACCUCUUGUUCGAUUUGAACGUACCAAUUUCGUCGUCCAAAUAGCCAAUGUCGAGGAGAUUUGUUUUACUGACAUCCUGCAGCCGGAACUGUAUCUGUUUAAUGAAAACCUUCAGUUUAUGCCAAAAGGAAUUGCUUUCCUUGAAGCAUUUCUGCCCAAUCCAGAGCAAUAUCUUAAGACCUCGACUUAGGCAUUCGUGUUUUUGUUUUUGGUUUUAUCUUAAAUGUUUUAUAAUGACUUGAAU